AUGCUGAUUGAUGGCGAGAAGUGGGCUUGUGAAGCUUGCGUUCGGGGUCACCGAGUCAGCAGCUGUCACCACAGCGACCGUACUCUGAUCCAUGUCAACAAGAAAGGCCGUCCUGUCUCCCAGUGUCCCCACUGUCGCGGCCUACGCAAGUCGAGGACAACUCACGCAAAAUGUGACUGUGGUGACAAGAAAAAAGAUCACCAUGGCACAGACGGCAUUCUCGCCGGUGGAGAGAAUGGUGAAGUAAAGUGCCGCUGCAUGCAUGGUCAACGCUGCAGCUGCGCUUUGAAGAAGGAUCACCUCGACCCUGUUCCUGAGACCGGACUGCCUCCAUUACCUCAUUCCGCCGCGGUCGAUUUGCGCAAACCUCGUCUUACCUCCACCAAAUCCGAGAGCACAUUGACUAUCUUCCGCGACGGUCACCACAAGCCAGCGCAUAAACACAACGACAUGGCUCACAAGUGUGGCAUGCCAUACACCAUUCCCCGGUCUCACACUAUCCACGGAACAUCUGAACUUGCUCAACGCUCCGCGGACCAUCUUCCCUUGGCUCUCAACAAUGGUGCUGUUGACACGUCGUACUUCAGCUAUGGGGCUGAAUUCGAAUCUCUACCCUCGCGCCGUCGGGUCAAGUCAGAGCACGGCUCCCCUGAAGUUGUCGCUAUCCCGGUACCAGACCAGAGCAACUCGCAAGUCCCUCCCCUUGACUUGACGUCUCUUUCCUCGAUCGAUGCGGGCAUUCGUGCCGAGUCUUUGAAUCAGUUCAUGAUGCCGGAACCAUUCCCAGAGCAAUUCCAAGACGGAUUGUUUGCUUCCCCUGACGCGGAAUGGCCCACUUCUGCUGGGGCUUUCAGUGCCCCACCCGUUGACUGGUCGAGUUUCCCGCUACCGUCUGCUGGCGUGUCUACCAGUGUUAGCCAGGCGCCGUCGUACGCCAGCUUUGAUUUGAACAACGUCAGCAAUCCGAGCUACCCUGGUCUGACUGGCUCCUCAUCAGGAGAUGCCUCGGAGGUGGAUGAUUUCGGACCAAAGCCUAGUUUGGGUCAUGACAUCUACGACUUGCACAGUCUCAGCGAUGGGUCAGACGUUGACCAAUAUCGUAUCAGUUCCGCCUCGUCCUUUGCUGGAUUGCCUCAAGCCCGCUUGCUCUCUUCGCAUAACCUGGAGUCGAUCGAUAUCGACGAAUAUCUCAGGUCAGCGAAUGCAUCCACAGCUGCGCUCGAGCAACAACUCCAGGCAAGCAUGGCGAUGGAAUCGAAGGCGAUACCCGCCUCUCCUCAGGGAUAUGCAAUUUCGCACUCGCAGCCAUCUUAUCCGACUACGGAGUCUACGCAGGGCGUGUCGAUAGAUGGAGGUCAAUCUACCAUGGCCGACAUGCUCUGGGCUUCGAGUCUCUUCGACACUUCUCUGCCUACCUCAAUGGCAUCUGCUACAUCUGCCGCGGCUGAAGAUCCUUUCACUCAGCCACCAUGGGCAGAAUAACCAUGUCCUGUGUCCAGCACACAAUAACUUACCACCACCUCCCGCACCGUCGUAACGACCCUGAUGAGAGAUGAUGAUAUGUGUUUUCUACGAUACCAUAAAACGCAGUCUAUUGUCUAUUGCUAUUGUUUAUUAUUACUUUCUCUUAACAGAUGAGUCUGACGUCUCAUCUGUUUAUCUUAUCCAAACCACUUACAGCCCGGUUGUUAUCCUUACUGGAUGAUCGGAUAGAGAUUUUAUUGAUUUUAUUAUCUCCGCCUCUGCUACAGUAACAUGCGGAUUGCUAUUUGAGUCUAUAAAAAUAGAUUUCUUUCCCUUUUUUU